GUCAGCGCCAAGGGACAACACAAUUGGGGAUAUUGUUUGCGAGUCAGCCAUUAUUUUGAUGCCUAUUCCCUCCCCAGAGCAACACAGUGCAGAACUCUCUAUUCCUCUCCUCUAUUCCUUCUUUUGUUUUUGCUUGUACAAAGUCGAGGUUUUUAUCGCGACCGUGUAACUCUAUCUCCCAGAAAGAAAUCGAGUCUACCGUUGCAACAUCAUGAACAACAAAGCGGGCGACGGCGUCUUCCGUUAUCGAGACGGCAUCGCCGUCGCCCAAGUCGUCUUUUUCUCCGCAGCGGUUCUUGCUGCUCUUCGUUUGCGCUGGACUCGUCGCAUCGGUUGGUUCUGUAUCGGAGUCCUCUCUAUCUUCCGCCUCGUGAGCGCAAGUUGCAUGCUACAGACCAUCCACCAUGACACCGAUAAUUAUUGGGCGGCAAUAUUUGUCUGCGAGUCACUCGGAGUGCUCUUGAUUAUAUUCUUGCUGCUGGAAAUGCUAGAGCGGAUAAACAAAGUUAUUCCGGUCAUUCACCGCUACUUAUUCGUCGUCCCCCAGGUCAUUACCUGGAUCGAUAUUGGCAUCUCCAUCGGCGGCUUCGUCGCCGUGAAGCAAAAAGAGCACAACCAGUUGCUCCCAACCCCUUACAGCCGUGCCGGAAUCGCCAUCCUCUUCGUCAUCUACCUCUGGCAAGUGGGGACCUUCGUGGCCUUUUGGCUGCGCCGAAAGGAUUUCCCGCUGCUGGAGCACCGGCUGUUGAUGAGCGUGGCCAUCUGCGUGCCGAUUCUGGCGAUUCGCAUUGUCUACUCGUUGGUUUUCAUCAUCACGGCGGACAUGACCUGGAACGCUGUCAAGGGUGAUUCGACGGCGUAUUUGAUGAUGACGAUGUUGCCGGAGGUGGCGAUUACGGCGAUAGCUACGGUAACGAUCUUUCAGAUUCCGCCGCUGGGGCAACAGCAGAAGAUGGAGUCGAAGAGGAUGGGCGACACUGAGAGUCACCGUGGGAGUCAGAAUAUUCCUCUCGUGUAGUAAUUUUUGAGAUACCGGGGUAUUCUGAGUGUGCACUGAUUAAGUGGACAUUUGCUCGGCCGUUUU